CCCGCUACUCACAACACCUUUGCUUCCUCCUCCUUACCCAUCCCCUCCCCCUUGAACAUGACGUCUGCCACUGGCUCCAUUGCGGGCCAGAAGGAGGCAUCAUACCAUAGGCCCCCGGUCGAGUCGCAAAUCCCGUCCGGCCAAGCCUUCACGAUUCACAAACUGCAAUGUCUUGACUCACAGAUCCACCUUGGCUUUCACAUUCUGCCUCACGUCUUCCAUACCAUCAUCACCGAACUCAAGUCCUCGACUUACGUCUUCAUCACCGACAGCAACCUCGAAGGCAUCUACGGCGAGACGAUCCGGCAAGAAUGGAAGACCGUCACAUCGAGUCUCCCUGCGCCUCCCAGGCUGCUCACUUACACCCUUCCCCCCGGCGAGACGUCCAAGAGCCGUCAGGUCAAGGAGCAGAUCGAGGACUGGAUGUUGUCUCAGCACUGUGUGAGAGACACUGUGCUCAUCGCGUUUGGUGGGGGUGUCAUUGGCGAUCUGAGUGGGUUUGUCGCUGCUACUUUCAUGAGGGGUAUCAAGUACGUUCAGGUGCCGACCACGCUUCUAGCAAUGGUGGACAGCGCUGUCGGGGGAAAGACGGCCGUGGACACGCCUCACGGCAAGAAUCUGAUUGGAGCAUUCCAUCAGCCAAGAUACAUCUUCAUCGAUGCGGGCCUCUUGAGGACACUGCCAGAGCGCGAGUUCAGCAAUGGUAUGGCAGAAGUGGUCAAGACUGCUGCCAUUUGGGAUGCUGCAGACUUCGCAAAGCUAGAGUCGUCGUCUGACGCGAUUCGGGCAGCCGUGCUGUCCAAAGAUGCUCAGGCCACCGCUACGCAGGGAAGACAUUCUUCAGACCGAUCUGUCCCUCAAAGCCUACUCCUAGACGUCAUUCGUGGCUCAGUAGGAGUCAAGGCGCACAUUGUGACCAUCGAUGAGAAAGAAACUGGCCUACGCAACCUAGUCAACUUCGGCCACUCCAUCGGCCAUGCCAUCGAAGCUAUUCUGACUCCUGACAUGCUCCACGGCGAAUGUGUCUCCAUUGGCAUGAUCCUUGAGGCUGAGCUGUCUAGACGUCUUUCCGGCUUCGCCCAAGUCAAUUUGGGCCGGCUCGCAAAGGUCCUCAAGGCAUACAACUUGCCAGUAUCACUCAAUGACCCGCGAGUUACCAGCCUGGAUCGGGCAAGGGGUCUCUCCACUGAGAGCGUAAUCGAAGUCAUGAGGAUGGAUAAGAAGAAUGUUGGUACUACGAAGAAGAUUGUUCUCCUUCGUGACAUUGGUCAGUGCCACGAAGACAAGGCAAGUUCCGUCGAGGACGACAUCAUUCGGAGAGUCCUUGCACACCAGGUCAAAGUGAGCCCUCUUGCCUCACCCACCAGUGCAAGCAGUGGGAGCGCAGCUUCUGCUCCGACGAAGCUUUCGACCCCAGGUAGCAAGUCUAUCUCCAACCGUGCACUCGUGCUAGCGGCACUGGCAAAAGGAACCACAAGGCUUCGCAACUUGCUGCACUCGGAUGACACGGGCGUGAUGAUGACCGGUCUGGCGCAGCUACAAGCUGCCAAGUUUGACUGGGAGGAAGGAGGUGAAGUCGUCGUUGUGCAUGGCAAUGGUGGCUCAUUGCAAACUCCCGAAGAUGGAACGGAGAUCUACCUCCAGAAUGCCGGUACUGCAGCGAGAUUCAUGGCCAGCGUUGUAGCCCUCGCCCGGGAUGCUCAGGGCCAAGGUCGACCAACUAUCAUCACGGGCAACGCCAGGAUGAAGGAGAGGCCGAUUGCCCCUUUGGUGGCAGCCCUGCGGUCAAAUGGCGUCGCAAUCAACCACACAGAGAAUGAUGGAUUCCUACCUCUUGCCGUGUCGGGCGAGUCCGGCUUCAAAGGCGGACGCAUCGAGCUGUCAGCCUCCAUCUCGAGCCAGUAUGUCUCUUCCAUCCUGCUUGCUGCACCGCUCGCACGCGAAUUUGAUGUCCUGCUCGAGCUGGUCGGUGGAAAGGUCAUUUCACAGCCCUACAUCGACAUGACGAUUGCGAUGAUGAAGGACUUCGGCGCCAAGGUCGAGAGACUGACCGACGAGCAAGGCAAACUCACAGACAGCUACCGGAUCGCCCGCGGCGGGUACACGUCUCCAGGCGCAUACGAUGUCGAGUCUGAUGCUAGCUCUGCAACGUACCCCCUAGCCUUCGCUGCCAUCACUGGUCGCAGCGUCGUUGUCGAAAAGAUUGGAUCCGCCUCUUUGCAGGGUGAUGCCCGCUUUGCGACCGACGUUCUCAGACCUAUGGGCUGUGAUGUCACCCAGACGCGUACCGAGACGCAUGUCACUGGACCUGCCUCUGGCCAGCUGCAUCACUUCGAAAGUGGCGACGUCGACAUGGAGCCGAUGACGGACGCUUUCCUGACUGCUGCCGUGCUCCUGGCUGUAGCGGCACCCCAUCCUACCAGUGGCGCCAAGUCGACACGCAUCCGAGGCAUUGCCAACCAGCGAGUCAAAGAGUGCAAUCGCAUCCAGGCGAUGAUGGACCAAUUGGCAAAGUUCGGAGUCAAGACGGUAGAGCAUGAAGACGGGCUGGAAGUCUUCGGUAUGGACAGGGCGUCCAUGACCAAGGACAUUGUUUCUGUUCACUGUUACGACGACCAUCGAGUCGCUAUGGCUUUCAGUGUCCUCGCCACGGUGGUUCCUUCGCAGACCAUCUUGGAGGAGAAGAGGUGUGUCGAGAAGACUUGGCCGAACUGGUGGGACGACCUCGAGAGCAAGCUCGGAGUCAAAGUCGCUGGCGUCGACUCGGAUCUCAUUCCGAGCAACGUCUUCGCCAAGAGUGCAGGUACUGCAUCAGCCGCCGAACUCACAAAGCUCGAUGACGGCCUUUCGCCUCGCGCGUACCAUCCCGAGGCUACAAUGUUCUUGAUUGGCAUGAGGGCAUCAGGAAAGUCAUACCUCGGAAGGAUGGCUGCCACUGCCUUGGGCAGACGUUUCAUCGACGCCGAUGUUCUCUUUGAAGAGCGCCUCGGCCAUCUCGGCACUUACGUAGCCGAGAAAGGCUGGCCCGAAUUUAGACUUCGAGAGAGCGAGAUCCUCAUCGAUCUGAUGGACAACCAUUCCUCAGGCUACGUGAUCUCCCUCGGAGGCGGUGUCGUGGAAGACGAACGAAACCGAAGUCUUCUUACUGCCUAUGCACGAAGUCGUGGGCCUGUCGUCCACACAGUGAGGGCACUGGACGAGAUCAAGGCUUUCCUCUCGACAUCAGGUCGACCCGCCUGGGGUGAGCCCUUGGAGACGGUAUGGAGUCGUAGGAGGCCGCGAUUCACCCAAUGCUCGAGCUUGGAGAUCGUCAACUUCCGCAGUCCUGCUGAUCCGGCACCCAUUGCUGAUCUUAGUGACAGUACGCUCCUUGCCGAAGGCGCGAACUCUAGCACAAGAGCUGCCUCGUCUUCUAUCGUGCCUGGACGGUCUCAAGAAGCCGCUAUGGCACGAGUCUUCCGCUUCAUCACCGGUCAGCACACGAACCAAGUUGACUUGACUGCGCUGGACAACAAAGGCAACCCUCGCACGAGCUAUUUGCUCACUCUGACCUUCCCCGAUAUCCUCCCAGCUUUGCCACUGCUGGACGAGAUCACAAGUGGUGCUGACGCGCUUGAGCUUCGAGUGGAUCUACUGAGCCCGACCGGCACUGCUGCUACCGCACCGACUGUGCCUCCCAAAGAGUUCGUCGCUUUGCAGCUAACCGCUCUUCGUCAGUGGAGCGGUCUGCCUAUUGUGUUCACCGUCCGGACUCAUUCUCAAGGUGGCAUGUUCCCCGACGAUGCUGAAGAGGAGUACUUUGAUCUCGUCAAGAUGGCUCUGCGAAUGGGUGUCGAGUACAUUGACUUGGAGAUUGGCUGGCCGCGAGCCCGGCUGGCGGCAGUCAAGGCACAAAAAGGUCACACCAAGAUCCUUGCCAGCUGGCACGACUGGUCAGGCGACAUGAAGUGGACGAGUCCUUCCACAUGGGACAAGUGCGAGCAGGCUGCAGCUGUGGGCGAUGUUGUCAAGCUCGUGGGCAAGGCCGUCUCACCUCAAGACAACCUGGAUCUGGAAGCCUUCCGGAGACGUGUGGCUCAGUCGAUCUCAAAGCCGCUACUCGCCAUCAACACUUCCACUCUAGGCCAGAUGUCUCGCAUCCUCAAUCCCAAUCUCUCACUCAUCACUCAUCUUUCGAUGCCAACGCCUGGUGCACCGGGACAAUUGUCAUUUGCCGAAGUGCAGCGUGCUCGGUCGCUUCUCGGCCUGCUACCGAAACAGAAAUUCACCCUGUUCGGCAAGCCCGUUGCUCACUCCUUGAGUCCGCUGCUCCACAACACUGCUUUCGGAGAACUAGGUCUUCCUCAUCAUUACGAGCGGGUUGAAACAGACGUCAUCAACGAUGCUGUCAAGGACUACAUCCGUAGCGACAACUUCGGAGGCGCGAGCGUCACGAUUCCCCUCAAGCUCGAUAUUAUCCCCUUGCUGGACGAGCUGACAGAGGACGCCAGAGCAAUUGGGGCCGUGAACACGAUCAUUCCCAUCAAGACCGCUGGUAGCGCGACAACAAAGCUCAUUGGAGACAACACGGACUGGAUUGCGAUCCGCGCCCUUUGCGUCAAGUCUUUGCCUCUCACCGUGCGGGGUACAAAGCAGUUCACCGCCCUUGUCAUUGGAGCCGGAGGAAGCGCCCGUGCUGCGCUCUACGCAGCACACAAGGUGGGCGUCUCGAAGAUCUACCUGUACAAUCGCACGCGCGAAAACGCCCUCAAGCUGCAGCGCACGCUCCCUGCCGACUGGUCCGUUGAGGUGGUGGACACCCUCGACGAGUCAUCCUUCGGAGACAGGCCACCACAGGUCAUCAUCUCCAAUGUACCCGCAGAUGGAACGAGCUUGGACGCCUCUAGCGGAGCGGGUGUGAUCCUCCCCCGCUCCAUCCUGACCAAUGCCAAGGGCGGAGUAGUGGUCGACAUGAGCUACAAGCCCCACCAUACUCCUCUCCUUGAGCUCGUGCGACUGGAGAACGAGCGACAUGAAGAGGAGCGUCAGGACGGUAUUGCGGGGGCUGAGAAGAGGGGCAAGUGGGUCGCGGUGCCUGGUCUGACGAUUCUGCUGGAGCAAGGUUGUCAUCAAUUUAGCAAGUGGACGGGCAGGGAGGCGCCCAGAAAGGUGGUGGAGGAGACGUGCUGGAAGCAGUACCUGGCUCAGUGAGAGGUGGUAGACGUUAGCGAGAGUUAGUGUUGCUGUGGGAUCCAACUUUCUCCAAAACCCCACUUGUGCGUGGUGCUUCAUUGUGUAAUUGGAUCCAUGUUUGACAAAA